CGUGUUGAGAUUUAACCAGAGAUGGGCUCCUUUUACAAGAUUGCUUAUAUAAGGAGAAGAUAACACCAGCUGGGUUCAUUUGAAAGGGGACAUCUUGGGAAGAGCCGACAGCACAGCUACUGGAAUAAGACCGGGAUGAAAAUCUGAAAUACUUAGCCCCUUCCUGCCUCGUAGAUCAUUGCAAGAAAUGUUGACUCUUACUAUUUAUCUGCUGGUCAUCUUGGCUCAAGCUCUUGCGGGGCCUUGCAGUCCAAAUAAAGCAGAUGUAAUUCUGGUAUACUGCUAUCCUAAAACCAUCAUUACCAAAAUUCCGGAGUGUCCUUAUGGAUGGGAGGUUAAUCAGCUGGCACUUGGAGGCAUUUGCUACAAUGGGAUCCACGAUUCAGGGUAUUACCAAUUCACAAUCCCAGACCUGUCACCUAAAAACAAAUCGUACUGUGGGACACAGUCAGAGUUCAAGAAUCCUGUCUAUCACUUCUACAACUCCAUCGUCUCCAAUGACUCCUCAGUAAUUGUGAAGAGCCAGCCUGUGAAUUACUCAUUCACCUGCACAUACAAUGCCAACUACCUGGUGAACCAGGCUGCCUUUGACCAAAGGGUGGCCACCAUCCAUGUGAAGAAUGGGAGCUCCGGCUCGUUUGAGAGUCAGUUGUCCCUCAACUUCUAUUCUAAUGCCAAGUUUUCAAGUAUAAAAGAAGCCCCUUUCAUCGUUGAAACAUCAGAAAUUGGUUCUGACAUAUUUUCUGGAGUGGAAGCUAAGGGAUUAAGUGACAGGUUUAAAGUGGUUCUCAACAACUGCUGGGCAACUCCCUCCUCAGAGUAUUUCUACCAGAUUCACUGGCCUCUGAUCACCAAGGGGUGUGCCACAGACAGCUCCAUACUUGUGCAUGAGAAUGGGAAAACGAGCCGGGCAACAUUCCAGUUCAAUGCUUUCCGCUUCCGUAACAUCCCCAAGCUGUCCAAGGUCUGGCUGCACUGUGAGACGCACAUCUGUGACAGCGAGAAGUUCUCCUGCCCGGUGACGUGUGACAAACGAAAGCAGCGUAUGGAACAGACCGGAGGUGUUCUAGUGGCAGAGAUCACUGUACGCAGCAAAGCUUUAUCCAGAUUUUACACACUCUCAGAUAUCAUCUUCCACCUACUCUUUGCGAUUGGAUUUUGUGCUGUUUUAUUAUAAAAGGCAGCCCAGCUGUGUUUAACUUUUCCCACUCCUGUUUGGACCUGAACUUCUUUACUAAAGAUGUUUAUUUUACAGAGGAAAAAUUAAAGUCACAAAAAUUCCUCACGCACCAUUUUACCAGAUAAAUAAAACAUUCCAUGAGC